UAUCUCUUCUUCCUCUUUCUUUAAAUGUUCUGAUGGUGCACUCCCAUGUGAGUGUGGGUAUUUACGAGAACCUCCUUUUUCCUAUAUCCCACCUGGUCUGGUCAACUUUUCAGCGGAUGGAUGGAUGGAUUACUUGUGAAUGGAAACCUGGUAUUAAUUCCCAGGCUUAAAGCCUCGUCGUGGUAGACUCAUUUCAUGCAAGAGAUUGUCGAAUAGAAAUUGUGUCACCUCAACUGCACGAGUCAAUACAAUUAUCUCGCGAGUCUCCUUCGCUGCAGCAAAAGUCUGGCAGUGAUGAUGAACUGCCACCAAAGUACAAUUUGAUGGAGGAAACGUAUGGCAGAAAAUGGGCAAAGAAAUCGGAUGGAAACUAUUUCUCGCCUGCCGAUUGUACUGAAGAGUAUGCCAACAAGAAUCAACUGCAACAGGACCAUCCCUGUGUCAUUCGGCUAAUCAAGCAGAAAUAUUUGCGCCAACCAGCGUCCAAAUCUCUUCCGUAUCGACUGGGCGAUCCCCAACCGCUCAAUCCCUCUGACGGUCCAGCUCAGGGAAUUUUAAGAAUCUUGCGCAAUCAAACUAACGGAUUUUUCGUCGAAUGCGGUGCCUACGAUGGCGAAUUCCUAUCCAACACGUUAUACAUGGAGCGAUCCUUCCAGUGGAGCGGACUGCUCAUCGAGGCCGAUCAAAUAUCGCACAGUCAACUCGUGAACCGCCGUCGUCGAGCCUACACUUCACCCGUUUGUCUCAGCACCAAACCUUACCCCAUGGAAGUAUUCUUUAACGGAACGUUCGGGACUCUGGGAAUGAUCAUCGAGGAUCAAGAAGAAGCUCAACAGACGUCUGACAAGAAGAAGACGGAAUCUGCAAAAGGCACAGCAGAAAACAUUUACAAAGUUCAGUGUUUCCCACUGUACUCGAUGCUAGUCGCUGUGGGCAGAACUCGAGUCGACUAUUUCAGUUUGGACGUCGAAGGUUCCGAGUACAAAAUAUUGGCCACCAUCCCUUGGCACAAAGUCGACAUCAAGACGGUAACCGUUGAGUAUAAUCACGUGCCUGAAGGCGAGGCCGCCAUGACUCGUUUGAUGGAGAAGAACAAAUUCGUCAAAUUUGGUUUCAUUGAAAUGAGGUUUUCCCACGAAGUAGUCUACGUCCAGGAUUUCCUGGACGACUUGAGGAAGUACGCUGAAUAUUAAAUAAUACUUGUCGACUUGAGCCAAU